AAAUUAUCAUCUUCAUCGUCUACUCUAAACCAUUUCUGUAACACUCUUUGUUAUGGCCGAUCAUAUAGUUCUUUCUCUCCAAGCUCCUCGCUUUCUGAUAUUCCCUUGUUCUCUUCACCGUUCAUGGAGAUUUCCCGGAUAUUCCGUUCCCGAGUUCCGAUUCUCCUCUCAACUACAGUUGGCUAUUUCCAUUUCACCUUCAAAGUCUCCAGCUUCCUCUUCUUCUCCAUGUCCUCCGGAGAAUUCUGCUCCAGAGAAGUUCGAUCUCGUGUCCAGCACUCAGCUUAAGGAUGGAAGUCAUGUCUUCCGGUUCGGGGAUGCAAGCGAAAUUGAGAAAUAUCUCGAGGCUCAAGAAAAAGCGAGAUGCGUUGAGUUAGAAAAGCAAAAUGCUAAGAUUGCAGAAGAAGCAAGUGAACUUUCAAGGAAACAAGGGGUAGAAGAUCUUGAUCUUGUUUCUGAAUUGAAGGAAAAUUCUUAUGGGAAGAAGAAAUUGGUCAGUUCUAAUAUUGAAAUAAGUUCUGAGAAAGAGGAAACAGCUCCUUCCAAUCUUAGUAAUGUCAUCAAAAUUAAGGAUCGUAAAAGAGUUCGUUCUCCUACUAAGAAGAAGAAAGAAACUGUGAAUGUAUCACAGAGUGAAGAUAAAGUUGAUGCCAAGAUUGCUAGUGUUUCCAAUCUGAGCUCCAUAGUUAGUGUAGCAGAAGAUAUUCCAACUAGCUCUACUGAAGAAGAAGAAGAAGAAGAAGUUGUUUCUGAUAAAUCUGAGCCAAUCAAUGAGAAGGAAAUCACGGCCAAGUCAUAUAAUGUAGAGCCUCUUUCUUCUCAAGUCAUGGAGAAAGUUUCUGUCGAUAAAAUAGGAGACCGUGAGACAAAUGGUUAUCAACGAAUCACUGAGAAUCCUAUGGAGGUUCAAGCAAGACCGUCAUCAUCUAUUGCGCAACAGGAAGUUGCGCCUGUAUCCACCAUUGAAAUUGACGAGAAUUUAGGUGUGAGGGAAAAGCCUGUGAAAACUAUUGAAGCUGAGGAGAAUCUUGUCGUGGAACCAACAGCUACAGCUGCUGUGUCUCCUGAUGAACUCGUUUCAACUUCAGAAGCAACAGAUCGUAGCGUUGAUGAGAUCGCUCAAAAACCUGUAAUUGAUACGUCUGAGGAAAACCUUAUGAAAACUUUUGAAGCUGAGAAGAAUCUUGUAGUUGAACCAACAGCUACAGCGGCUGUGUCUUCUGAUGAACUAAUUUCAACUUCAGAAGCAACACAUCACAGCGUUGAUGAGAUCGCUCAACAGCCUGUUAUUGACAAGUCUGAGGAAAACCCUAUGAAAACUCCUGUUGAACCAAAAGCAGCGCAUCUCAGCAUUGACGAGAUCACUGAAAAGCCUGUAGUUGAUACGCCUGAUGUGGAAAAUGAUGGAGAAAAUGUGGCUUCAACCAUAGAAGAUGAAAUAACUGUGAGGGACACAAUAACCGAUAAUGGUAGCAUAUCUAAAACUGCCGAUGACACAAAAGAUGAAGAUCUCCAACUUCCUGCACCUGAAACGGCCAGUCUUGAACCUAUUGAAGUGGCUUCUGGCAGGGAAGAACUUGUGUCCAAAGCAUUUUACUUGGACUCUGGUUUUGCUUCACUCCAAAGCCCCUUUAAGGCAUUGGCAGGUCGUGAAGAUGCUUAUUUUGUCUCUCACCACAAUUGGAUAGGUAUUGCCGACGGAGUCUCUGAGUGGUCAUUUGAAGGGCUCAAUAAGGGAAUAUAUGCUCAAGAACUCAUGAGCAACUGUGAAAAGAUUAUUUCCGAUGAAACUGCUAAGAUAAGUGACCCAGUUCAAGUUCUCCAUAGAAGUGUCAAUGAGACUAAGUCCUCUGGAUCAUCAACAGCCUUAAUUGCUCAUCUUGACAAUAAUGAACUCCACAUUGCCAAUAUCGGAGAUUCGGGAUUCAUGGUUAUUAGGGAUGGCACAGUAUUGCAGAAUUCGUCUCCAAUGUUUCAUCAUUUUUGUUUUCCCUUGCAUAUAACACAAGGCUGUGAUGUCCUAAAACUUGCAGAGCUUUACCAUGUGAAUCUGGAAGAGGGCGAUGUUGUCAUCGCAGCAACUGAUGGACUCUUUGACAAUUUGUACGAGAAAGAAAUAGUUUCAAUAGUGUGCAGGUCACUGGAACAGAGUUUGGAACCUCAGAAAAUAGCAGAGUUGGUAGCUGCAAAGGCACAAGAAGUGGGACAAUCAGAGACAGAGAGAACGCCAUUUGCAGACGCAGCUAAAGAAGAAGGAUAUGAUGGACACAAAGGUGGUAAACUUGAUGCUGUUACUGUCAUCAGCAAACUCGCGACGACGAUUCUUCCUUUCCAUCUAAUUCUCGUUAAACCCUUCUCUCAGUCCACCACCAUUCCCAGAAAACAGGAUAGAGUUCGUGACCAUGGCUACGACAAUUACAUGGAAGUCGAGAAGAAAAUCCGUAAAGUCAUCAAAUUUCACAGCUUGAUUCUCUCUCAACCCAACAACACAAUCGCAAUCUCUCUUCUAGACACGCUCGCUCGUCGUCUAGGUCUCGGCUUCAAGCAACACGAGCCAGGUGCUUUCCUCCUCAAAUUCCCACACGUAUUCGAGAUAUACGAGCACCCAGUUCAAAGAAUCCUCUAUUGUCGAUUAACCCGUAAAGCUUUGGAUCAAAUCCGUCACGAGCACGAAGCUGUUCUCGCCCAAAUACCCGAUGUCGUGACCCGGUUGCGGAAACUCGUUAUGAUGUCGAAUACGGGUCGGAUCCGUCUUGAACAUGUCAGGAUUGCUCGGACUGAGUUUGGGCUCCCUGAAGAUUUCGAGUACUCUGUGAUUCUGAAACAUCCACAGUUCUUUAGGCUCAUUGAUGCUGAAGAGACUCGAGAUAAGUACAUUGAGAUUGUGGAAAAGGAUCCUAAUUUAUCGGUUUGUGCAAUAGAGAGAGUUAGAGAGAUUGAGUAUAGAACAAAAGGAAUUGAUGCAGAGGAUGUUCGAUUCUCAUUCAUUGUGAAUUUUCCUCCUGGAUUUAAGAUUGGAAAGUAUUUUCGAAUUGCUGUUUGGAAAUGGCAGAGGCUUCCUUAUUGGUCACCGUAUGAGGAUAUUUCGGGUUACGAUUUGAGAUCGAUGGAAGCGCAGAAUAGAUUAGAGAAAAGAGCUGUUGCUUGUAUCCAUGAAUUGCUGUCUUUGACUGUGGAGAAGAAGAUCACGCUUGAGAGAAUUGCUCAUUUUAGGAAUGUUAUGAAUUUGCCUAAGAAAUUGAAAGAGUUUCUUCUGCAACAUCAGGGGAUAUUUUACAUAUCGACUCGUGGGAAUUACGGGAAGCUUCAUACGGUGUUUCUUAGAGAGGCGUAUAAGAGAGGGGAAUUGGUUGAACCAAAUGAUGUGUAUUUAGCUAGGAGGAGAUUAGCUGAGCUUGUGUUGAUGAGUCCUAGAAAGGCUAAGGUUGAUGCAGAGUUGGUUAGCUACAGAAAUGGAUUGGAUGGCGAAGAUGAUGUCGAAUAAACAUACGAUUUUCUUGACUGUUGUUCCGUCUACACUCUCAUUCUCUGGGCAUUACUGUAAGAUCUCUAUGUCUCUAUAGCUUUCCUCUGAUUAGUUAAUAGCCAAAUGAAAAUGCUUUUGACCU